GACCAGAAGUAGUAUUUUCACCAGAUGGUAAAAAAAAAAAAGAAUCUCAAAUGAAAGCAGGCUGCAAAUGAUUGUGCGCCAAAGCAGUAAAGCACAUACAGUAUAUGCUUUCUACCAAGCUUGCUGGUGGACUGUAAUGUGUUUUUUAACCCCCCCCCCCAAGUGAAGUGGAGGAUGGAAAGGGAGUGGUCUAAGUAUGGGACACACUCCUUCAGUUGGAGGAUGACUACAUAAAACUGAAAGAAAUCAAAUGAAGAGUCACUUGCUUGCUAUCAGACAAAAUGCAUCACCUGCUGUUACUAUUUGGGAUUUUACACCUUCCUAAAGCCUAUACUUUGAAGUGUUAUGAAUGUGCAGCUGGAAGCUCAGCGACCUGCAUCGACAAGACAAAAGAAUGCCCCCCACUGGCGACGCAGUGUAGUGCACUCCGAUUAAUCGUGUAUUCAGGCGAGUCGGUUAUUGCGGACGUCAAUGGGAAAAGCUGCAGCUUUGCUGACCACUGUGCACAGGCCUCAGUCAAUUUUGGAGUGACCAGGACCAUACUUACCAACCAGUGUUGCACCACCGACCUGUGCAACAGCCUUGCUGUGCCGGACUUAAGCGAGACCAGGCCCAAUGGUAAAAAAUGUUUCACCUGCAAUGGGCUACAAUGCGCUGCCACAGUGGAAUGUCAAGGCAAUGAGUACCACUGCAUCUCAACGACAGUGGACGUGAAAGGCCAAAAGACGGCUAUGAAGGGCUGCGCCUCCAAGCAAUUGUGCACCAAUACGGAACAGAUGGAAGGACUCAUUGGAAAUCAGAUCAGCUGCUGUGAGGGCGACUACUGCAACAGUGGUAGCAGACCAAGAGCUGGCCUCCUGCUGUUGGGAGCACCGCUGCUCCCUUUGGUUAUUAUGUCGCCUUAACACGCGGGGCUAAGUCGAACCUGUAGUCUUAGACACCGUGCUGCAGCUCAGUUUCAAUCUUCUUAUAGCCUACAGGCCAUCUUUGUGGAGCGCGGCAAUCAUUUUUUUGCUGUGAGGUGCCGUAUUUAACUUUGAAUGACCAGUACUGCUUGAGAGAGUGUGAGAGGGAUAACACCUCUCCUCUCGAUCAGACCUGCUCCCCAUUCACACCUGAGAGAGAGGUUUGGACAUUUUCAUUCAGGGGUGCACUCACUUUUGUUGCCGGCAGUUUAGAAAUUGAUGGCUGUCUGAUGUGUUAUACCCUGACUACUUUAUAUUGUUGUAAAUGGUCAUUUCUUUAGUGUUGUCCUAUGAACGGUAUAUAAGAAUGAGAUAUUGUAUGUACAGCAACACGCAUGUCAGAGAAUGUAGAGAAUUUCACAAACAAAAUAUGAAAAUGUGUUUUCUGAAAUGCUGACUGACUUUUGCUCCGAGUUGUUAAGGCCACACUGAAGAGAGAAAAUAUAUGCGAUUGUGUAAUGCGUGACAUGUCAAUCGUUGGCGUUUGUAUGGGGAACGUGCGCCCCCUUGGGGAGUGGCGCCCUGUAGAACAGAUAAUAAUUUAAAACAAACACUUUGGUCAGCCAUGUCCCAGGAACGUUUAUUUCAUGGGAAUAUUUUCUUUGAUUUGUUGCAGAAGUCAUUAAAGUGUUGUUGUUGUUGUUUUUUUUUAAAAAAACUAUUGUCAUAUACAACAUUAUACAUAUGGACCAGCCGGCCUCAGCAUCAUCAGGAUCAACCACACAUUUGGGGAGCAGAUAUCAUACUAAGGUGUCAUAGACAAUUUUGCAUCAAGCAAGGCCAGAUGGCGAAACCUUUGAAAUAAUUUAACAAUCAAAUCCUCAACACAAAGCAAAGCCAAAAUUAUUGCUAUAAGGUUUCCUCAUGUACCCCCCCCCCCCCCUCCCCACACACACACACACAAUUUAUAUAUAUAAAAAAAAACACUGAAGCGUUCUAAGGUUCAACUGUGUUUUAGUUUUCUGUCUGAUGCAUUUUCAGUGAUUCAAAUCCUUGAUAAGUAUAAAGCAAUUGUGUCCUAAGGAGCAUUUUGCUGCAUCGUUUGCACGCUUUGUUUCUGUAUGACAAAAUAAAACAAAGAUAUUUGGUCUAGUUUUGCUCUCUAAUGGUCAACACAACAAAUAAUACAACUUCAUUUUUGUAACCAAAGACUCGUGUUUAAACUUUGCCAGACCGACAUGACCCCAAUUCUUUGCUUCAAGGGCGUAAAAUAUUUCUGUUACAGUUCCUUUUGUGUUUGCGAGUAUACGAAACCCAGAUGUGCUACUUCCUCUCAAGA